CGCUGCAGGUUGUCAGCUGGCACAGUGCGUGACGGCCGCAUGUUAGCACAUCUGGUCACGCGCCGGCGUUACCAUGGCGACUUCAGCGACACUCCGCAUCCCCCAAGCAGUUCAGAAGGGGUCCUUGUAGUGUAGAGUAUGCGAAGAAAGAGGGCCAGUUCUCUCUUAUCUCAGCUAGGAACGCGACGUGGCUUAUAACACAGGACAGGUUGUUUAGUAUGGUCACUGAUGAAGCUUGGAUUUGAGUUGUACACCAAGUUUCAGAGGCAGUAGUCAAACUCAAAAGAACUUUAUUAGCUCUACUAAAGAUUACAUGUGCUAACAUUGUUAUGUGCGUUGAGCAUAACUUGUUUCUAGCUCGGAAAUUUGUGUAAUUUAUGAAAACUGUACACUCUUAGCUGUCUACCGGUUGUUUACUCAUUGCAGAAGAACCCAAACUCCUACCCCACACUUCAUGGAAUCCCAUUCCGCUACUGCAGAGCCCGUGAAUAGGGUAGCAGAAGCUGAUGCCAUGAGUGACGAUAGUGGAGUGGACUUGAGAACUUUGGCUGGAGCUUUGACCCCGGGAUCUAGCCGUAAGAACAAGCGAAAGUCGUCUGAGCCCAGGAGGAGGCGAGAGAUCUUACAAAUGAAGCAAUUUCGUUGGGAAAGUGACGGGAGCGACACAGAGCAGGGCUUUACUGACCGUCCGUCUAGUGGUGACAGUGGUUGCAUCCCUGACCCUAGUCCAACAGCCGUUGAUAUCAGUCUGUCCAGAGCUUCAACUUCUUCUCUUACAGAGUCUCGGGAGAGUGUAAUCCAACGACUGAAGUCCAAAGGAGUCCGUAAUUCGCGAGCUUCAUGCUCUUCUUUUGAUGAAGCAGGACCUUCAGGUUUAUCAGUGCACCAUUAUACUCAGCGCCAUCCUGCAUUCCAACAAGAACACCAGUUAACUGGAAAUGGUAUCAGUCAGUUCAACCUGGACGGGGCCACAAACAAGCCACAUGAGGAUCUUUGUAGGCUGGAACCUACACCUAGUGAAGAGGACAGUAUACAUCCUGCCCUAGCAGAACGCUUUACAGCGUCUCAGCGGCCAAGAAACUACAAAAACUUGAGUCGGCAAAGGAGAAUAGAGGCCAAUGCUAGAGAACGGACACGAGUUCAUACGAUCAGUGCAGCAUUUGAAAACCUUCGGCGGGCUGUUCCGGCUUAUGCCGAUAGCCAGAAGUUGUCCAAGCUGGCCAUUUUGAAGAUUGCUUGUGCCUAUAUCAUGGCUCUAGCCUGUUUGAACGAUCUCGAUUACAGCCGUGAGCAAAGUCGGCCAACAUUUGCUGAUUGUGUAGAUCUCUGCACUCGAACCAUUCAAGCCGAAGGAAGGGCACGCAGGAGAUCAAAGGAUUAAGUUUUCCCUCAAAGUAUAAUGUUCUGUCACCACUUGUCAUGGAUUUGUUUUGAGAAAAUAUGAUGUCCUGGUCAAGCUUUUAUCACUUUUGUUGGAGUGUCUCUAGAAGUUGGAUAUUGGUUAAAUUUUCAUCAUCUCUUAUGGAAUAUGGUGGUCAAGAUGUAACAGCUGUCAGUGACUGUCUUUAGAAAGCAGAAGAUCCUGGUCAAGUUAUCUCCAUCUGUCAGGGAAUGUUUCGGACAGUACAAAACAAUGUCCUGAUCAAACUGUUACCUCCUGCCAUGGAUUAUCCUGGUCAAGCUAUAAUAGCUGUCAGUAACUGUCUGUAGAAUUAGAAAACUGUGUUCAAGUUAUCUCUGCAUGUUAAAGACUGGUUCUAGAAACAGAAAUCCUGGUCCAACUUCUACAAAUGUAUGCCCUCAUGAAGCUGUUACUGUUUAUCAGUGAUUUUUAUAAGAUGUUCCAGUUACACUAUCAUAAUCUGUUAUGAACUGUCCCUCUGAAACAAAAUAUUCUGGUUAAUUUAAGAAGUAAAUGCUUUCACCAAAUUGCAGUAAAUUUCUAAAACAAUCUUUAUAAAAUAAAAACACACCAGCAAAGCUAUUACCAACAUUUAUACACUGUCUGUAACAAGUAUAAAUACUCCAAACAACAUAUCACCCACUCUACUAAACUAUCGUUAGCAAAUAAACAGUACUCCAACAAAGAUGACAUCAAUUUUCCUACUUUCUUCAGCAAGUAAAAAGUAAUCCAACCAAGUUAUCAACAACUCUUCUAGAUUAUCUUUAACAAGUAAAAAUACUCUAACUAAGUUAUCAACAACUCUUCUAGAUUAUCUUUAACAAGUAAAAAUACU